AUGGAGAAGCUGGCGGCCGGACUGGCCGGCCUGCGCUGGAGCAUGGGCGCCUUCCCGCUCGACCUCAUCGUCAGCCGCUGCCGCCUGCCCACGCUCGCCUGCCUCGGCCCAGGGGAAUAUGCUGAAGGUGUCAGUGAGCGAGACAUCUUGCUCAUCCACUCCUGCCGCCAGUGGACAACGGUGACAGCCCACACCCUGGAGGAGGGCCACUACGUCAUUGGGCCCAAGAUUGACAUCCCCCUGCAGUACCCAGGGAAGUUUAAGCUCCUGGAGCAGGCCCGGGAUGUGCGGGAGCCAGUGAGAUACUUCAGCAGCGUGGAGGAGGUAGCCAGUGUCUUCCCUGACCGCAUCUUUGUGAUGGAAGCCAUUACCUUCAGUGUCAAGGUGGUGUCGGGCGAGUUCAGCGAGGACAGCGAGGUGUACAACUUCACGCUGCACGCCGGCGACGAGCUCACGCUCAUGGGCCAGGCGGAGAUUCUGUGCGCCAAGACCACCAAGGAGCGCUCGCGCUUCACCACGCUCCUGCGCAAGCUGGGCCGGGCGGGGGCGCUGGCCGGCGUGGGCAGCGGCGGCCCGGGGGGCGCAGGGGCCGCGGGCGGGGGCGCCAGGCCCAGCAAGGGCAAGAUGCCCUGCCUCAUCUGCAUGAACCACCGCACCAACGAGAGCCUGAGCCUGCCCUUCCAGUGCCAGGGUCGCUUCAGCACGCGCAGCCCGCUGGAGCUGCAGAUGCAGGAGGGCGAGCACACGGUGCGCGCCAUCAUCGAGCGCGUGCGGCUGCCGGUGAACGUGCUGGUGCCCAGCCGGCCACCGCGCAACCCCUACGACCUGCACCCGGUGCGCGAGGGCCACUGCUACAAGCUGGUCAGCAUCAUCUCCAAGACCGUGGUGCUGGGGCUGGCGCUGCGCCGCGAGGGCCCGGCGCCGCUGCACUUCCUGCUGCUCACCGACACGCCGCGCUUCGCGCUGCCGCAGGGCCUGCUGGCCGGGGACCCGCGCGUCGAGCGCCUGGUGCGCGACAGCGCCUCCUACUGCCGCGAGCGCUUCGACCCCGACGAGUACUCCACGGCCGUGCGCGAGGCGCCCGCGGAGCUCGCCGACGACUGCACCAGCCCGCGCCGCGCGCGCCUCUGCCUGCCCGCGCCCGCGCCGCGCGCCCCCGCUCGCGCCCCCGGCCCGCCCGCGCCCGCCGGCGACGGCGACGGCGACCAGGAGUACGUGAGCCCAGACUGGGCCGGCGCGCCCGAGAUCCCCUACGAGGAGCUGUGGGCGCACCCGGCGCACGACGGCCUCGCCGAGGGCCGCGGCCGGCCGCCCCCUGGGCCCGAUCUCAUCUCCUUCGGGGCUGUCGGGCCGCCGCGCCGGGAGCCCGAGGCGCCGCCGCCUCCCGUGCCUCCCAAAUCCGAGGCGGUGAAGGAAGAGUGCCGCCUGCUCAACGCCCCACCCGUGCCUCCCCGCGGUGGCAGUGGUAGUGGCAGCAGCAGGCUCUCAGGCAGCCCCCCUGUGCCGCCUCGCUUCCCCAAGCUGCAGCCUGUCCACUCGCCCAGCUCCAGCCUCUCCUACUACUCUUCAGGCCUCCAGGAUGGGGCGGGUUCCCGCAGUGCCAGUGGCUCCCCAUCACCAGAUGCCUACUCCCUCUAUUGCUACCCAUGCACCUGGGGAGACUGCAAGGUGGGCGAGUCCUCUAGCCGCCUGCCCCCAGGAUCCCUGCCCUCCACCACGCAGCCCAGCCAGGCCCCUCGGGCCCUUGCAGAGCCCCUGAGCAGUCGAGCUUCCUCCCUGUUGGGGACCGACACCCCUGUCAAGACCUACCACAGCUGCCCACCUCUGUUCAAGCCCUCUCACCCCCAGAAACGCUUUGCUCCCUUUGGAGCUCUCAACCCCUUUUCUGGGCCUGCCCACCCGUCGGGCCCUUCAGCAGCCCCCUGUUCUGGACCUACAGCCACCUUGGGUCCCCUGGCUACCUCCUGCCCUGCAUAUUCCCCAGGGCCAGCCUUGCCAGGCCGGGCCUAUUCAGCUGCUCCCCUCUCCUCCUGUCCCCCCUCAUCGUCAUCGUCUUCUGAAUGGCAGGAACCAGCCCUGGAGCCCUUUGACCCCUUUGAGCUGGGGCAGGGCAGUUCUCCAGAGCCCGAGCUGUUGCGCUGUCAGGAGCCCAGAGCUGUGGAGGCACCUGGGCCUGGACCCCGCCUUUCGCCACUUGGUCCUCCCAAAGCCUUUGACCCUGAAGGUUUGGUGCUGAGGCAGGUCCCUACCCCAUUGUCACCAGCUGCCCUGCAGGGGCCUGAGGCAGGAGGAACACGAUUUUUUCUCACCCAAGGGCGCCUGGAAGGCCCUCCUGCCAGUCCCCGGGAUGGAGCUACAGGCUCCGGGGGCCGGGAUGCCUCCCCCUGGCAGCCCCCCGCUGACCUGUCUGCGCUCUCUCUGGAGGAGGUCUCUUGCAGUCUGCGUUUCAUCGGGCUCUCAGAGGAUGUGGUGAGCUUCUUUGCCCGAGAACGCAUCGAUGGUAGCAUCUUUGUGCAGCUCAGUGAGGACAUCCUGGCAGAUGAUUUCCACCUCACCAAGCUGCAGGUCAAGAAGAUCAUGCAGUUCAUCAAAGGUUGGCGGCCCAAGAUCUGA